AUGGCUGUCAAGGCCAUCACCACUGAAUUGGGGCACUCUCUGCCACCCGAAGGACCCCACACCAUCACCUUCCACCUACCCGGCUGGGAUACGGCGAUGAGGUUCCGUGACGGUGGCAUGGCCAUGCUUGCGAGGCUGAAGUCCAUGUAUCCACGCUUGUCUCCCUUCGGACCGAUCCGCCAGCUCUCCGUUGCCAUAGCCCAGAAGCUCAUCUUGCCUGAGACAAUGGGAGUCCUCAUGUAUACAGACCCGAUGGCGUUUGUCGUGCACAAGGAGUAUUCUCUUUCGCCGCAAAGGAAGGAACAUGUGCUCUGCGAGGGGGACCUUUCGUUCAAGACAGUGGAGAUACACGGCAUCAGGCUGUACUGUGUCAUCUAUCCCAUGACCAAGGCCAAAGCUAUCAUUGGCGUUUGGCAGAACACUGGGAUAGGCAUCCUUACUCGCCCAGCCGAGGAAUUGCUCAAGUACAUGGAUACAGAAUUCAUGGUCGUGGAAUGGUCAGGUGAUCUCACUGAUAUUCCAACCCCGACAUAUUAUCUACAGUCAGAAGCACACGGGCAGUUACGAAAGCGCAUCAGCGACUUACUGCACAGAGCGCCGCUAGACGCAGACAAGGUGAAGAUCAAGCCGGACGACGUCUAUUUCUACCAAACCGGGAUGGCCGCCAUUUACAGGCUGAACGAGGCACUCCUCAUGCGGGAUCCUGGCACGAUCCUAGUACUCGGGUCGGUAUUCCAAUCCACCUGGCGCCUAUUCGAUGAGACUCCUGGAGGCAUAAAACACGUUGGUGACGCUGGCAGCGGUGUCAUGGACAAGGUCGAGGAGUACCUCGAGGCUUAUGACAAACAAGGGAAAACGAUCAGCUACACCUUUCUUGAAUUUCCAAGCAACCCCAUUCUAGUGAGCAUCGACCUCAAGCGCCUGCGCCAGAUUGCCGACAAGUACAACUUCCCGAUCGUGAUAGACGAUACAGUCGGCUCCUUCUGCAAUAUCGAUGUAACAUCCAUGACAGACUUCCUGACGACAUCCUGCACAAAGUCCUUCAGCGGCUAUGCAGAUGUAAUGGCCGGCAGCGUCGUGCUCAAUCCGCUGUCUCCCUUCUACACGGCCAUCAAGCAGACCAUGACCAGCGCAUUUCAUAACGAAUUCUUCGCCGCCGACGCAGAAGUUCUACUGAAAAAUAGCAGUGACUACUUGUCGCGCUCUACGAUCUUGAACCGCAACGCCGCUGCGGUGGCGAAUUACUUUGCCGCGCAGGCUGCAAAGCCGGCCUCCUCCGUCAGGCGGGUUUUAUACCCGACUACGAGCGAAACACGUGGUAACUAUGAGGCAUUCAUGCGCAAAAUCACGCCUGACUUCACUCCAGGCUACGGAUGCCUACUUUCUGUGGAGUUCGAAGACCUCGUCACCGCUCAGACUUUCUACGACAACGUCCAGCUGCACUGCGGUCCGCACAUCGGCGCCCACCUCACUUUAGCCCUUCCGUUCAACGCUGUUAUGAACGGGCGGACUCUGGAGGAGGCCAAGCAUCAUGCCAGCUAUGGCGCCAGGCCGGAGCAAUUUCGCUUCAGCGUAGGGUUAGAGGAUGAGGAGGAAAUAUUGGUGGCAGUGGAAGACGCACUAAGAAAAGCUGAAGACGUAUGGAUGAAUCGGAAAGACACAUUGGAAUUGCUUGAGGUCACUGUGAAGAAGGAAGCUUGA